AUGGCGGACUCUGUCGGUAUGUACACGUGAGGAGAGCUCGCAUGCGAGAUGCGCAAUCUGACAUGAGACUACUGUCUGGUAGACCGUGUCUUCGGGCAUGCCCUGAAUACCGUCAACAAGAUCCGGCCUGGAUCGCAGAAGCCGCCUUCGAUCGAUCGCUUGGCCUUGUAUGGAUUGUAUAAGCAGUCCAUGGAAGGCGAUGUUGCCCUGGUAGCCGACCGACCCUCCUCGCCCAGCGGCACCCCGUCCGAAGGCGUGAAGAAAGAGCAAGAGAAGUGGGAUGCUUGGAAGGCGAACGAGGGUUUGAGCCGGACGGAAGCAAAGAGAAGAUACAUCGAGAAGCUGAUUGAGACGAUGCACAAGUACGCAUCGACGACUCCGGAGGCUCGCGAGCUGGUAGAGGAAUUGGAGUUUGUGUGGGAUCAGAUCAAGAACAACUCCCAGCACUCGAGCUCGGAACAUUCUUCGCCGCUACAGACCAUCGAGCGCAGGGACUACAUGCACUCCGGCAGCUCGGGAAAUAACGGCGGCAUCAGCUCGUCGGCUGCAGCGCUGGAGAACGGUGGCCGGGAUGGAGGCAAAGGGUUACGGGUGCUGUCUCCAGUCUCUCAGGCGGACGAGAACGAAGCUGCGGAAGAAGAGCGUGAGGAGUUUGUCGACGCGCCCGUGUCCCAGAUCGAUGAGGCGGAUCUCCAGGACGCAUCCGAGCCUGGCGAUAGAGCUUCUGAGGGCCGCUUCUUACCACCGCAGAGACGUCAGUCUUCCCCGGCAGACAACCGCUGGCGGAAGCGAAUCGAGUCGUCCUUGAUGAAACUCACCACCGAAGUGGCUGCUUUGCGAGAACAGCUAGAGACGAGGCGAUAUUUCAGUUACCAGCGUAAACACAGUUGGCUUGGCUGGAUCCUCAGACUGAGCUGGUGGGCGGUGCAGCUGGUGGUUGCAGAUGCUGUCAUCCUCUGGAUCGUGAUCCUGUACAUGCGUCGAAGGCAAGAUCGCAGGCUCGAAGGUGCAGUCCGCGUCCUUCUCGGUGAUGCUGUUGCACAAAUGCAGAAUCUGGGCACGCAAGUCAAGAUGCCAGCCCUAGCGCGUAUACCUGGACGAAAGGCGAAGGAGUGA